UAACUUAGUAUUAUUUAUUGUAUUUAACAGACUUACUGUAAGCAAAUGUCAGCUAAGAUAUCAUCUCUGCCAGAUGCUGGGCAUCUUAUCACCUUAAAACUUGAAUUUUUAAGGAUUAUUUGUAGUCAUGAACAUUUUGUUACAUUAAACUUGCCUUUUGCAACACCAGUUAGUCCCUCACCAGCAACAUCUCCAUGUCCAAGUGUAGCAUCAUCAAUUUCACAAAGUUCAUUUGUAUCAACAAGUACUCUUACAGAAAAAGGGAAUUUUGCUGAACUUUCUGUGGAGUUUCGUCAGCAACAUUUUCUAGUUGGUCUUGUAUUGUCAGAUCUUGCAACAGUUUUAGAAAUUAAUAAUCCGGCUGUUCACGCAAAAGCUGUCAAUACUAUUCGUAAUUUGUUAACAUGUCAUGACUGGGAUCCAAGGUUUGCUGAACCAGAAUAUAAAGCAAGAGUAGCUGCUCUGUAUUUACCACUCAUUGGAAUUGUUAUAGAUACGCUCCCUCAAUUAUACGAUUGGCAAUCAGAAGCCAAAAGUAAGAUUUGAUUUUAAAAUUA